ACAAAGAAAAAAAUAAAGAAGAAGAAGAAGGAAGGAAGGAAGGAAGGAAGGAAAAUAACAAAAUAUCUGCAAUGGCCAGUGAAACAAGUAAGGAAGCAUUGCCAAUUAGAGACUUACUUCUACAGGCACUUGAUGAUCUUGUAAGCGUAAACUCACUCUUUACCGUAGCUGUAUUUUUAGGACUUGCUUUUGCAUCUCCAGAUCAACAUAGCCUCGAAACUCACCGACCCCAUUGCGACCCAGACGAGAAAAUGGGGAAACGACUUGUCGUAUGUGAAGUAGUGUCGUUUUCCAGCUUCCUCCUGUCAAGUCUUGUAGCCAAAUCAAUGAAAGUUUAUAUCAACAUUUUUUAUUCUUAUAAAUCCGAGUCUACAAGUAGCGACACUAAUUUACCUCAAUCUUCAUCGAAUGCUGCUGCUACUAGCAUAACUCAAAAUUUCAGAUCAGAUCCUCAGUCUUCAUCGCUUAAUGCUGAUGCAGCUGAUCCUUUAAAAGAAGGUAGAGUAUUUCACCCCAUCAAAGGAUUAAUGUUUGCUUUAUCAAUGCUGGCCUCGAUCUUUGGAGUGUUGUUUUUGACAAUUUCAAUGGCUUAUGUUGUUGAAAUAAAGAUUGGAAGGCUGUCUUGCGGUAUUACAGAGACUCAAGCUGCAAUAAUGGCAUUGACAGUACUUGUGCCGUUUGGUUUGUUAACAUAUUUGGUUUCCAUGUCGCUUGCAGUUUUCUAUUCUCUCACGGCAUAGGUUUGUUUUAACUUGUCCAAAUUUCUUAUAACAGAAAAAGAAAAGCAAAUAAAGAAUGAAGGAAUAGGCUUUUUUUUUUUCUUUUUUUUUUUUGUGGUGCGUGAGAUGUAUUCUUAAGUAUUGGACUUUAUUUGACAUUGGUUAAUUGUUUAUUUCUCUUU